UUAAAAACAACACAACAACCUUAAAAUUUUAUAGUAAUCACUUCCAGAAUAUAUUGACAAAAUUUUGAGAUUAUGCUUUAAAAUUACAAGUGAUUGGAGUUAAUAUAAAAAAGAAACCGUCCAAAAACCAUUAAACGUUGCCACACAAGGAAAGGGGGAACAUCUUUCUCCUUAUUUUUAGACUUGUAAAUUAAUAAUCAAUAUGGCUGAAAACGAGGGAGGUGCGGAGGAGCAGGAUUAUGAGGAGGAGGAUGCCGCAAUGGCCGCCAUGGAUGAGGGCGGCAUGGAGGAGGGCAUUGAGGAUGAUUUAUUCUCGCGCCUGGGCGAAUCCUCCGAUGAUCCGGAACAGAAGCGUAUGUAUAUGGAGUAUUUAGCAUUGAUCAAGGAGAUCGACUGCCAAAACAGGAUAAUACAGGACAUUAAGACACAGGUAAUGGACAUGUGCGGCAGGCCGUGCAAGACGCGCAACGAGCUGCGCGAAAUCAAGCGCCUGCGCAUCUGCAUGGAGCAGGAGAACAUCAAGCUGCACACCAUGAUGAACCGGGCGGUGCAGCUGCAGAACUUUGGUUCGCAUCGCCAUUAUCGCGAAUUGAAUUUGACCACCACCGUCGACGAGGAUAACAUAUCGCCAUAUUGUGUGGGACCCUGUGGCACUACUCUAGGCAGUGGCGCCACCGCCACAGAUUGCAGCGAGGAGGCUCCCUCCAGCUGCUGCCAAGUGGAGGGCCAGGAGGAUCGCCUCAUUAAGGCGCUAAGCAAGGCUAUGCAGAAAAUGAAGGGCGCCUGCCCGGAGGACAUGAAAAUGAUGCAGGAAAUCGCCUGCGCCAUUAUGGCCUCCAAGUCCAAGCCAAAGCAAGUCUGCAAUCCGGGACCGUGCGCGAAAACGCCCUCGCCCUGCGCCGAGAGCAGCAGCAGCAUUGCUGGACCUUGUCCGCCGUGUCCGCCGCCCUCGUGUAGGCCAUCGAAACGCUCACGUCCACAUCCGGAGCCAUGCUGCCCACCACCAUGCCCGCCGCCCUGCUCGCCACCUUGUCCGGCGCCAUGCAACAAAAGCGAAUCGCUGGACAAGCUGAAGCGUCGCAUUGUGGGCAUGCAGUGCUCCGUGAAGAAGCUGCUCAACGAGGUUAGCCGGCGCGAGACGCAGGAGCCCGCUUCGUGCCCCUAUGACGAUGAUGAUGAUGAUGAUGACGAUGAUGAUCAAUGCGGCUCACCCUGCCCGCCGCGGCCAUGUCCCGAGGAUCCCGAUCCGCUGGUCAUCUGCGGUGGCAAACGCAACACCAAAGCAGAUAUGUACGAGAAAAUGAAGGAGAACUACGCCCGACUACUCACCCAGUUCCAGCGUAAGGAUUGCCAGAUGAAGGAGCUGGAGAAAAGAAUGAAGGGCUUCAUUGGCGGCUGUGGCCCGUCCAAAGGGACUUCGGAUGCAGAUGCUGCGGAACUGAAUCUGCUGCGCGCACGCGUCAACGAACUGAAGGAGGAACAGCUGGAGUUCAAGUGCAUUAUGAAGGAACAGUCGCAGCAGUUGGAGGAUUAUCGCAACAAGUACAUGCUGGCGCAGCAGAAGGUCGAGGAGCAGUGCGUGUCUCUGGACAAGUUGAACAUGAACAACAAGCGCAUUGAGCAGCAGAUCAACACGGAGGUUAAGGAGAUACGCUCCAAGUUCCAGGAGAAGCUCAACGAGCUGCUCCACUUUCCCAAGCUGCUUGAGAACGAGCAGCUGAAGUUGGCGCAGGUCUGCAAGGAGAAGGAUGAUCUGCAGAGCAAGCUGGUGGUCGUCUGCAAAGAGCUCAAGUCCUGCAAGGUACAGCUGGAGAAUCCCACACCAGAUUUAAGUCCACAGCUGGCCCAGUGCCAGCUUGAUCUAACCCAAGCGCGCAAUGAGAUCGAAGAGCUGCUGCGCCAGCGGGAUCUCUUCUGCGAACAGCUAAAGACCACACAGGACGAUCUGGACACGCUGCGCACCGAGUCUGCCAAGAUUAUAGCUGGUACCAAGGAGCGCGCCGAAAUGAUCAAAGCCCAGCAGCAGGAACAAAUCAAUCGCCUUGAAAAGGAGCUCGCCCAAUGCCGUGCCACAGCCUCUCUGUCGGUCAACGAUCGCGAGGCUGUCAUUCGCGAGAUGCAGGGCCAGCUCAACACGCUCUCCUACAGCUUCGAUGCGGCCCAGAAACAAAUCAAAACGCUCCGCAAUCACAUUGCCUACGUCUCCAAUGAGAACUGCUUCCCUGUCAAGUGUUAGCCGGCCCCAAGCCAAACAGUGUCCAAAAUCCAAGCCAACUGUUGCCCCAUCGUGGUUCAAGUUUUGUGUGUGUCAAUGAUCGCUGCCAGAUGUCCAAAUGGAAUCCAAUGUUUGUCUCUGAAAUGUACAAAACGCAAGGAUGUUGCUUCGGUUGCUUAUUUUAUCAAAA